CGAGUCCGCCGACCAGGCGCAACACUCGUAAUAAUAUUGCGGCGAGCGGCUGACGUCGUGAGACCAUCACCGAAUAAUAUCGUUUCUGUAGUUAUUGUACCCACCACCUGUAGAGGCGCGCGACGGCAUUCGCACACACGACGACGACGACGACGAUAUCGUCACAAUAUAAAUAACGCUCUGCCCGCGAUAUCCGUCGACACUUGUAUAAUAUUAUCGUAUUGCCGUGUUAUAUUAGGAGAUUAUUGUUGUAUUCGUCAUCGUUACGCGCCGUCGUCAUUUCGCGCCGACCGCAUCAUCACCGACUAACGCCGCGCGACAACAUGGUACACUUGACGUUGGUCGCCAGCCUGGUUUUCGGCUUUGUCGCCGCGUCCGCCGCCGGCAUCACCGAUGACGGCACCGAAGGUUUGUCGGCGGUGGCAGCGCCCUGGGAGGACAGUCGUUUGGACGAGAGGAUCUAUGCCGAUACGCCAAAUUAUUUGACGUUUCAGCUGAACAGCAAGAGAUAUUCCGUACCUUAUCAUCCGGUGGCCAGAUUGAGGGCCAGUCAAACGGCCGGUGUGGUGCUACCAUACGCCAUGAUUGCCAACAGGAACUACGUAAACGACGAUGUAAACCGAUUUGAACCAGUGUGGAAGCCGACUGCUGCUGAGCUAUUGACUGUACUAAUGAACCGCCGGAAGAAUACAGACACUGGAAUGGACAACACAAAUUUUAUGCGAUUCGGCAUCAGUAAAAGAACGCGUUUCUAUGAUAAUUAAAGAGCCUUCAGCGCGUGCGCUUCUUAUUUCUGUAACGGCCAUUGUCGGCUAUUAUUAUUAUUAUUAUUAUUAUUAUUAUUAUUCCAAAAUAGUUUAAUUGCUUUGACAUUACAUUUGAGCAGGAGAUAACAAAAAUUAUAAACAAAUAAUGUCAAAAUUCA